GAUGCAUUUCCCAUCAUUUGGACAUGUUAUGAAGGACUGACAUCACGCUGGCGUUUGUUAUAGUGGAUCCACAUAGAUUAUAUGGACCAGGAAUUUUACUAAACGUAUGUUUUAGCUCGAUGUGUUUAAAACAAUCAUUUUAGAUAAUUAUUUUUUACGGAUCUGGCAACUCCAGAUGUUCCCAGCACCAAUUCAACAGGAGAGCACAAGAACAUCCAUGUUGUGUGCAGUGUGUGUGCUGACUGUGUUAAAACAUGAAACCCAAGGAUGAAACACCGAAGCCGAUUCGGCUGAUAGCUGCAGCGUGCAAAAAUAUGGGCAUAGGCAAGGAUGGUCGUCUUCCGUGGAGUCUUCCGACAGAGUUUCAGUUCUUUUUGAAUACCAUCACAGCUGUGUGUACAUCAGGAAAGAAAAAUCUGAUCAUAUGGGGUAAAUACAGCUGGUUCUCCUGCCCAGAGAGUGUUUAUCCCCUGGCCAAUAGCCUCAAUGUGGUUUUGAGCAAAAAGCUGAGGUCUGUCCCAAAGCAUGCUCACUACGUGUGUGAGGAGUUUGUCAGUGCAGUACACUUGGCCUCUUGUCCUCCUCUCAGUGACCUUAUAGAGACCAUUUGGAUCUUAGGAGGAACUAAGGUGUACAAGGAAGCUCUGGAGCACCCUUGGUGUGACCUCAUCUACCUCACUGACAUCAUGGCUGACUUCGACUGUGAUGUUUUUUUCCCAAACUUUGACCAAAAUGUAUACAGGAAACAAAUCAAGUUCCCUGGUGUGCCAAAUGAGAUUCAAGAAGAAAAUGGCAUCAAAUUUCGAUUUCAAGUCUUCAGGAGGGAAGGCUGCCAUAAGAAGUUGCAGCUACAAUAAGGAAAUGGAAGUAUUACAGAGUUAGAGACUUAGAAAUAAAAAUAUGUAGAAUUAAUAUUUAAAAAUAUUAUACAGUAUUUAGCCUUUUUAAAAUCAAAUUUUAUAUUUUUUAAAUGUGUAGUGUUAUUUAACUCACAGAACGAUCAAAGUACCAGGCAGUAUAAAUGGCAUGAUGAUACCAACAUUUUUAAAUAUAUAUAUUUAUAAAAUUUCUUGCAUAAAUAAUAUUACAACCUGGGCUUUAUGGAAGAGUGGUUAGCUGUGUGAAAUCCUGUUUGGAGUUUGCCAAAAAUUCUUUUUGUAGACUUGGCAAACGUUUGGAAAAUGGAUCUCAAGUUCGAUGAGAUCAAAACUGAACAUUCUGUCUUUGUCACAAGUGCUACAAAAACCCAACAUUACUCAUCACCCUGUGAACACCAUUCCCAAAGUGAAGAAUAGCAAUUGUAUCAAGUUAAAAAUUACUUUUAACCUUUUGACAGCGUCUCUGACAAAUUUCCUCCUCACCCAAUUGCUGAAAUUUUGUGGUUGGUCUUUUAGAGUUAGAGUUAUGCUACUAUGAUUAUAAAUUAUAUAAUAUAAUAUAGGAAAAGUCCAAAGGGUAUGAAUUCUUAUGCAAGGCACUGUUUUGUAGUGUUAUUUAAAAGCAUAGAAUAUGUUUACGUUGUGUUGAUCCUGAAAUUCACAAGUAGAAUAUUACAUAAAAAGCAGCAGCAGAUGGUCAAGCAGGAAGGAGUGCCAGUGAAAAGUGUCUCAGCUCUCCCACUGAUAUAGACUGAGAUAUACCAGUUUGUAACCACGCUCUAAAUUCAUUAUUACUCACUCUCUCAUUCCAUCACAACUGCUGUGCAGCAAGGAUACACUUUAUUGCAAAAGUUCUGGGACAUUUUUUUGUUUUUCUUUGUUGUAUGGUUAUGUAUCUGACAGAUGUGUGGCGGGUCAGGAAAAUUGACUAGACUGCUCUCCAAAACCAUUAAUCAUAUAAAAUAAAGUGUAAUUUUUGGAUCAGUUCCAGGGUCCUUGGCUCAAUUAUGAGCUUGCAUUAAUGCCUGUGUGGUAGCAAUGCAGCAGGUGUAAAUGUGUGUGUGAAUGGAUAUGAGUACGAACCUCCAUGUAUUCCUCCUGAUCCACUGCAAACCUGACCAUAAAAAAACUGUUACUGAAGAUGGAUGAAUAAAUCCAUCCAUAAACUUUCAGGGCUAGGCAAUAUGAUGUUAUAAAGAUAUAGCUAUACGCUGAUCAUUCACACACAUGUACACCCGCACAUUCAUGCAGUUCUCUAAUCAGCCUAUCAUGUGGGAACAGUGCUAUGCAAAAUAUUCAUGCAAAUUCAGAUAAAGAGCUUCAAGUUAUGUUCACAUCAAACAUCAUUACGAAUAAAAAAUAAAUAAAUCUAGUACUAGACAGACUGGAUUGAGUGUUUAGGAAAUUGCCGAUCUCCUGGGAUUUUCACACAACAGCCUCUAGAGUUUAUACAGAAUAGUACAAAAAUGUUAGCAGACGGUCUGCAGACUAAAACAUACUGUUGAAGAGAGAGUUUAUAUGAGAAGAGCCAGACUGAGAGCUGACAGGAAGUCUACAGUAACUCAAAUAAGCUGUCUUUACUGCUGUGGUGAGCAGAAAAGCAUCUCGGCAUGCAUAAAAGAUCAAACUUUGUGGUGGAUGAGCUAUAAUAGCAGACGAUCACAUUGAGUGUCUCUCUUCUUAGCCAAGAUCAGGAAUCUGAGACAAUCAGAGGCACAGAUUCACUGAAACUGGACAAUUAAAGACUAGAAAAAGGACCAGGUUAAUUUUUUUUUUUAUCUUCAACUGUCAAGACUGGGUGAGUCUGUACCCAUGAUAGCCUGUGAUCUUUGUUCUUGACAGACAGGAUUGUCUUCUGCUGUUAUAGCCAUGAUCAACCAUGAUUGCCAGAAAAGCAGAGAGAAAGUGGUAACUUAGUGGUUAAGGUGUUGGACUACUGCUCAGAAGGUUGUGAGUCCCAGGUCCACCAAGCUGCCAUUGCUGGCCCUUAAUUGCUCAUAAUGUAUAAAAUGAGAUAAGUCCUUUUGGAUAAGGGUGUGUGCCAAAUGCUAGAAAUGUAAAUUAUUGUAGAGACAUUAUUGCAGUUCUGUAAAUGAAUGAACCGAUCCGGCCAUUUUCCAAUGACCUCUCCUAUUAAGAAGCUUUUUUUUUUUACCAACAGAACUGUCACUCAUUUGGUGUUUUUGGGUUUUUUGGCAACAUUGUGUAUAAAUGCUGUGUGUAAAAACGUGUGUAAAAUCCCCAGGAGAUGAGCAGUUUCCAAAAUAUUCAAACCAGCUCAGCUGGCCAUGCUGCAGUCACAGAGAUCACAUUUUUUCUUCAUUCUGAUGUACAAUGUUAAAUGAAGCUCUUGACCUGUGUUGAUGUAGGAUGUAUUUUUGGACUGUGAUGCUGCCACAUGAUCUUAAUAGAAGAUUAAGGCGUCCUUAAUAAAAUGGACGGUGAGUGUAUAUAGUAAAUGUAUAUACUAUGAUAUCAUUGGUAUCAUCUAGCUGCCUUUUAGCAGCAAACAUUAAAUCUUUUUUCUUGUCCUUUAUUCUACUUGCAUUUUUGUAAAAAAAAAUGUUUUGAUAAUUGUAUUCCUUGUUAAUAUUUUGCUAAAUAUUGGUACUCAAAAUGUUAUCAGGUUGAGACUAUAUAUAUAUAACUCCAACAAACAGGUCACUAAAACUUUUCCACUAGAUGGAGACCUUGUUCAGUGUAAGCACUGAUCAAUUGUAGGACCUCUGCACUUACAGCUUAGUGUAAGAAUAAUACCUUACAAAUGACACUAAAAAUAAAAAAAAAAUUGCAGUUUCUUUUUACAGCUGUGUACUAUAAAGAUAAUACAAAUUAAUUCAUUAAAACAAAAAACUCAUUCAUUAAUAAUCUGAAAAAAAUCAUAUGCAAUAUUGAUAUUUAUCAUGACAUUUAACGUUGUGAAAUUUUAUCAUUGCAAUUUAUUGUCCCUUUAAUAUCCCACCUAUAAGAUCAGCAUUUCCUGAAAAAGCUAAAUUUCCUACAUAGCCUUUAUAACUAGGAGCUUUCAGAUGAAUAGCAUAUAAAACAAUGGAAGUGCUGGAUCCCACAGCUGUCAUCAUCCAUGCCUGAACUCUCAGACUCCACACAUUGAAUAUUUACAACCUUAAUAAUAUUCUACUAAUCUGUGGCCAGGGCAGGAAAUGAGAGAUUUUAAUUGCACUUGUCAUCUGUUUUCAUAUUUGCCUUGAGUUAUGCCCCAUAAAGCCAAUGUGUUAAACUGAUUAAUAAUAGCCAGUGUCAUGUUUUAAAUGAAAAAGAACUAUUUAUACCUCCUCUUAUUAACCUCCUGUGCUUUUGGGUAUAAUUUUCUGUCAGCUGUGGAGAAGGUGGAAGACUUUCAGCCAGGAGGAAGGAAAAGAGAGGAUAAAGCACAGAGAACAAAAGACUCAUACAAGAAUCGACAGAGAAAUGAGCAGUUCAGUUUUCUUAUAAUGUUGAUAGUAAAAAAUCACCACUAAUAAGCCCAUCAAUUAUACGAUAUUGUUGAGUCAAAAUCUGAAAGAAAAAAAGGAUUUAUUCUGAUGCUUUGUGCAAAUAUGCAUCAGCAAAGUACCCUUAAAUAAACUGACAGAAUAAACAGUGUUAUACUCAGUCCACUCACAAAAGGUAUAAAGAUGUAUAAAAAAAAUUCUACUAUCUACCAGUAACUCAGCAAUCAGUACUCAUCUGAACCUUGUAGCACAGGAGCCCUCAUAGGCGUAAAUCAUUUAUGUGCACACAUAGGAAUACAAUUAUUAAAAGAUACCUUCAUGUAGUUUCAUGCAAAAACAAAGGGCAGUUGUGGCUUGUUAAGUUGUUGAGGCUCUGGGUUGAGGAUCAGGGUUCAAGCCCCUGCACCACCAAACUCCACUGUUGGGCAAUUGAGCAAGGCCCUUAACCCUACCUGCUCCAGGGGAGCUGUAUCAUAGCUGCCCCUGCGCUCUGACCCCAACUUCCUCAGCUGGGAUAUGCGAAGAAAAGAAUUCCACUGUGCUGUAAUGUAUGUGUGGCGAUAAUAAAGGCUUCUUGCCCUUGGUUAUUCUUCAAAUUUGUAUUUAAAUUCUGCAAUGUUUACUCACCAGAUGUACUUCCUCAAAAGA